AGCAGUUAAUUAUAUUUUGAAAAUCAAAUGGGAGGCUCUGAUUCAAAACCAAUGAAUAAACUCUACGAACAUUUUAAAUAGAUCAAUAUGCACAAUAAUGGUAUGUUUCUUAAUAUCAUAUUUAGACUUUCCUGAGUGCUAGAUCUUAUAACACAAACGAGAUGCUAAUUAAUAAUUCAUCUUACGUACAAUUAGUAUGACAGAUGAAGCUCAUUUUAAAAAGGCUAUUCAUCAAUAUUCAGUUAGAUAAAAGAUUAAUCAUCCCAAUAUUUUAAAUCUCACCAAUUACUUUUAUGAAUUUGAACAAUAACUUUGUGGAUAAUUUUAUAAGGUUCAUUUAUUAUUUGAAUAUCCAUAAAACAAUUUAGAAAGAAUAUAGAUUCUUAAUGAAAUCAAAUUAAUUGACUAUCUCAAAUAAGCCAUUUUUGGAUUAGCCUGUAUGUAAAGAAAUGAAAUUUCACAUAAUACUCUAUAACUGAAAUAUUUAUACAUAGUAGAUGGAGUUGUUAAAGUGAGUGAUCCCUAAUAUUUCUAACAAAAUUCAAAUUAUGUUCAAAUACUACAAAAUCCUAAUUGUUUAGAUUCAAUAUACUUAUCACCUGUAUUGGUUAAUACAAUUAGAACAAAUAGUUGGUAACCACAACAUAAUCAAUACAAAAGUGAUUUAUUUACUUUAGGCAUGCUCUUUUUGCAUUUAGGAUUAAAUCAAGUAAAUAGUAGUUGUUACAAUUACUUAAAAGGUAAAUUUAUGGAGGAUUAGCUGAAUAUUAGACUUUAGAAAUUAAGAACCUAAUAUGGAUAAUAAUUCUGUGAUUGGAUAUAAUUAAUGCUAAUAAUCUAAGAAGAUUAAAGGCCAGAUCUUAUAUAAAUGGAGCAGAUUAUCAAUUAAUAAUAAAUAAUAGGAUAAUCAUUUUAAUAAUAACAUAAUAUGCCUAAUGUAAUUCCAAGAUAGAUUAUACCAGUAUAACCUAUUGGAUUAAUAGAUACAAUUCAUUAACCAAGUUAAAAAUCUUUAUAAUUGGAUUAAUUUACAUACGAUGUUAAAAUUAAUCAAUCUAAGAGAAUAAAUUAAGUUCAGAAUAUAUGUCCUAAAGAAUAUACCCAUCAAUAUACUAUAAAAUCAAAUUCAUCUUAAAGAAGUUCUACUCCAAUAAACAAAGUGAUGAUUCAAACAUAAUACAAUUAAUAAUAAAUGAGAGAUAAUUCAGUGCCAAAGUAAAAAACAUAAAGUCAAAAUGCAAGUUAAAGAUAAAUGAAUUAAGAAUAGUAGAAUAAAGACAAUUUUACAGAUAUAAUAAAUUAAACAAAGCAAACAAAUGCAACAACUAUAACAGAUUAAUCUAUUUUAAGUAAUAAGAAUGUGCUUUAAUAAAUGAAUUUAAGUCUUCCUCCAAAAUAAAUUAUAAAUAAAAUGAUGAUUCCUUAAUCUCAAAUGUAAAAUUAAUAACAAGAAUCUAAGAUACUAACAAUUUAAGUGUUUUAAGCUUAAUAAGACUAAUGUGAUAGUUUAUCAAUGGUCUUUCCUAAAGAGGUAAUUAGUAAACCUUCUUAAUUUGAUGAAAAUAUAGAUUCUUUAAUGGAUGAAGACAUAAAUACUUAGAGAUUAGGAAAUAGCAGUUAUUCUAAGAUUUUAAGUGAUUCAACUAAUUUACCACAAUAAAUUAAGAACACUUUAACAAAAGAGUUUAAUUUGCCAUAUGAUAUUUCAUAAAUUAAAGUGAAUGGACCUGAGUUUGUAGUGGAACAUUAUGGAAAUGGAUCACGUUAUGAAGGUAUGAAAAUGAAUGGGAUGAGACAUGGAUAAGGGAGAUUUUAUUAUUAAGAUGGUGGUUUAUAUGAUGGUGAAUGGAAGGAAAAUAAAAUGCAUGGAGAGGGUAUUAAAUUAAUUUAUAAUAUAUUUAGGAACAUUAUAUUAUGGAACAGGAUAACCAGCAUAUGAAGGAUAAUGGAAGGAAGAUCAAUUUUAAGGUUAUGGAACAUUAUAUAAUGAACAUCCUUAGUUGUUGUAGGAAUGCUUUGAUUAUAGAGAUUUUGAUAAUGUUGAAGAGUAAGAAUUAGUUAGAUUAUAAUAUAGUUAUUGGAGUAAAUAUAGUGGAAAUUUUGAAAUGGAUAAUAAAGAAGGUUAGGGUAGUUUACAUUUAACUAAUGGAGAGAGAUUUGUAGGUGGAUUUUAAAGGGAUUGUGUAAAUGGGAAAGGAGUAUUUUAUAGUAUGGGUGGAAAAAUGAUGGAAGGAAUAUGGGUGGAGAACAAAUUAGUAUGUUGA